GCUACUCACCUUUGUGUGGCAAUCAGAUGUGUGGAGGCCGAAUCCUUCCCAUUCUCCCACGGCUGGUAGAGGCAAGCCUUUGGCUUCCAAUCUCUGCCACACACUCUGCCCAUCUUGACCAUAUACUUACUUAAUUACUCACCCCAUUGCCCAAGCCUCCAUCGUGCCACAUCACCUCACAUAAUUCAUGGCAGACGCCUAGUCUCGGUGCUGGAACCACGUGUAUAAAGGUAAGGGACCGAUGUUUGUUGUCGUUCAAAGAUCACACCGCCUAGCCUACAACUACUUGUCUACGUACAAGUUAGGUACCUUAUACAACAACAAACAACAAGCAACAAACAAGACAUCACAUUAUUGAACUCCACCUCCUUCAACGCAUUGACUUCCAUCAACCACCAUUUCUGAGGAUUGAAAUCGCCCAUACAUAAAAAUUGUAUCCUUUCAAGAUGUGUAUUGCCGUUAUUAGCACCGAGCAUCCGCAAUACCCGUUUAUUCUCCUCAACAACAGAGAUGAAUACCUACAUCGACCCACACAAGAAGCUACAUGGUGGCCUGAGCCGGAUACUCACGUCCUUGGGGGUUAUGAUCUGCACCGCCCUGCUCACGGGACCUGGUUUGGUUUGACUCGCCAAGGCCGAAUCGCUGUUCUUACCAACUACCGCGAAGUCGAUGAGGAGCUAGUCUUCGGAGCAAGAAGCAGAGGCUUAAUCCCAAAUGCAUGGCUCAAAUCGGAUCUCAAAAUAAACGAAACGCCUCUUCAAUUUGCCAAGAGAUUGGUUGAAGAAGAUGGCGUGAAGGGAGUGGGAGGAUUUAGUCUGUGCUAUGGACUGAUCCAGGACGUCGUGAAAGGCGGGACGAAAGGCCUCCAAAUUGUUUCCAAUCGAACGCCAGACGCCGAAGGGUUGAUUUACCUUGCAGGACAGCCAAAGGAGACCCAUGCCCUAAGCAAUGCUGCAUACGGCGAUCGUUCGUGGCCAAAAGUCGUCAAUGGUGAGGAAUGGACAAGAGCCGCCAUCAACGCCAGUGUCGAAAAGAAUGAGACCAGGGAACAGUUGGUGGAACGACUCCUUGGAGUCUUAAGCACCGAUACCAUGCCGAGGCAAAAGGAGAACGAAGAGUGGGAUAUGUAUUUGAACCAGUUGCGCCAUUCCGUUUUCGUGCCAUCCAUCGGCAGAGAUCACCUCGAAGAACACAACAUGCCUGCCCAUGAGAUUGGUGAUGUGGUCAAGCACAAGGCUGUCGACGCGACAGCUGGGUGUUAUGGGACCCAAAAACAAAUUGUCGUGCUGGCAGACAAAGAGGGCAAGGUGUUUUACCUUGAACGAACUCUUUUUGACAGAGACGCAAGUCCAAUUGAGCAUGGAAAGGGAGAUAGAAUCUUUGAGUUCCAAAUCGAGAAUUGGUGAACGAAUGUUCCCACCAGAGGCUGUUAAAAACAUACACAUAGAAAUGUAAAUUCGAAAGAAGUGGUCCUUUAGACGCAUCUGGAUUAAAUUAUCGAUACUCUCACUUUGACGAACUUGCCUAGCAUGAAUCACGGCUUUGAACCGAGAUUAGGUUGUCUAUCGCUGUUGCAGUCGACGCUACGUGAGUGACACUUGCCAUCCUGUAUAGUGAUCACAUUAUUUCACAAGGUGAUAGCCCUUGAACCUUAGAUUCCUUUCUGGUCUGCCUGCCUGUUCGCGUAUGUUCGUGGCAUUCGGAUUUAUCAUCUUCACUGUUAAGCCCGGACCUGGG